AUGGGAAACUGCUGCGGAAAGACGCCGUCUUCGUCAGCUGAGCACUGGGGUGGCGAAGAUUGGAGUUCUCUGACAUCCGACGACAAGAGCUCAACGAAGGUGUUGGAUGAGUUGAAUAGAGAUUUGUUAUUAAGUGCUUCUGCUUCUUCUAAUUAUGGGAAGAUUAAGAUAAAGAUUACAAAGAAGGAGCUUCAAGUGUUAUUGAGAGAAAUAGAGAAGCAGAAGAUGAUGAAGAAGAAGAAGAAGGGAAUUAGGAAGGUGAAGAGUAGUGUUUCUGCAGAACAAGUUCUGGUUCGUUUAAUGGGGGCUAGAGAUCUUCAGAGUCAUCGUGCUGGCCGGAACAGGAGCCCUGUGUUAGAGAGUAUUCCAGAAGUUGACUGA